CUACCGGUUGUUGCCGCUGUGUUCACACACGCUGUUGCUGUGACCAUCACUGGCCUACUGCUACUGGACGUUUUUCGCGGAGGUUGAAUGAAAUAAAGUGACUUUUUCUCUGGAUGGAUUGCCUACGCGCUGAUUUGGGAGAUGACAGCGGGAAUCCGGGAACCUGAAUAUGUUCAGGACUCCAGGGUAAAUGGACGGUCUGUCAGCUCCAGAGUGGAGAAGCACUGUAAUGUAAUUCCUGUGUUUUAGUGGGAGCAUCCCAGAGGAGUUUUGUGUGUCAUCAGGACCUUGAGACACACCUAUACACACACACUGACAUUCAGCCUCUCCUUCUCACAGUGGACCUGGCAGGCCUCUAAUCUCUAAAAGAUUGAUAAGGCCCUGUCCAGGCGCAGGAGGUCUGGCACAGUGUCGAUAAGGCAGCUUUCAUUUCACCACAUUUUAUCACUCGCUCCUUCCUUUCUUCUCCUCUUUUCCUCCAUGCUGAGGGAAGUGGGGGCUGGUUUUGAAGCGUGAGAGAGGAUUAUGACACACCAAGGCCCCUGUGCGAGAAGGACAGUGUUUUAACAGGAACCAUGAAAUUCCCCAGAAAUGACAGUUCUGUUUUCUUCUGUUGCUCCAUGUUGGACAGCCGUGUAGUAGCCGAGCAGGACGCCAGAGUCAGCAUGUCACUGUCAAACUGCUGGAGCUGGAAUAUAGUGAAACUACAGAGGGACACUCAGAGCUGAGAGUAGCUGAACACACAUCACACACCUGCACACACCUGCACACACACAAAGCGUUCCACACAGGACAAUGUGCAACAUCUCGUUCUGUGAUGUGGACAGUAAGGUGGACCAGUUCUUCCAGCCCACGCUCUACAUCAUAGUCAUCGUUCUGGGGCUGCCCACUAACUGCAUGGCCCUGUGGGCUGCCUACAUGCAGGUACGCCAACGCAAUGAGCUCGGCAUCUACCUGAUCAACUUGUCAGUGGCUGACCUCCUCUACAUCACUACUCUUCCUCUGUGGAUCGACUACUUCCUACAGCACGAUGACUGGAUCCAUGGUCAGGAGAGCUGCAAGCUGUUCGGCUUCAUCUUCUACACUAAUAUCUACGUCAGCAUCGCCUUCCUCUGCUGUAUCUCACUGGACAGGUACCUGGCUGUGGCAUAUCCUCUGCGCUUUGCCAAGGUCCGACGAAUCAAAACAGCUGUCCUGGUCAGCGCCAUGGUGUGGAUCAUUGAGAUCGUAGCCAACUCUGCUCCUCUCUUCCACGAUGAGCUCUUCCAGGAUCGGUUCAACCACACCUUCUGCUUUGAGAAGUAUCCCAUGCAGGACUGGGUGGCAGGGAUGAACCUCUACAGGACAUUUCUGGGCUUCCUCGCUCCAUGGACAGCCAUGCUUGUCGCCUACCGCGGGAUCCUGGCAGCAGUGCGCUGCAACGUCUCAACAGAGCGCCAGGAAAAGGCCAAAAUUCAGCGGCUGGCAUUAAGUCUGAUCCUGAUCGUUUUGCUCUGCUUUGGACCAUACCACAUCCUCCUCCUGGUGCGGAGUGUCAUGUUUCUAAGGAAGCCGUGUGACUGCGGCUCAGAGGAGAGCUUGUUUGCAGCGUACCAUGUAUCUUUGGCACUGACCAGCCUCAACUGCGUUGCUGACCCCAUUUUGUACUGUUUUGUCAACGAGGGGGCUAGACACGACGUUGGCCGAGCUCUCUCAGCUUUACUGUCUGCAGCUUGCCACAGAGGCUCCUCUUCCUCACCAUCGCACGGCGACAUCCUCAAUGCUGGUUCAGUGACUAUGGAAACACCACUGUCAGCAAAGAAGCAGCCUUGUGUGUACGCUGAUGGAGGCAAGACAAGCAGCUACAAGACAGAAUUAGUGGCUCUGAAGGAGGAGUGUCUACAGAUGACCAUCCUCAGUGUUAGGAAGUGAUCUCUACCUGGAGCUGUACUGUAAGAGGUCCAAACUGCUCAGCUCAGUGGAUGGAAGAAUAUCCUAACACUGACAGGGUCUGAUGUCUUCUGGCCUGACAAGCUGAAAUCAGAUGUAUUUAUGAGGCUGUAGAUGCUUGGGGCAAAAGCGUCCACUAAAUGGCACAUUAACAAGCCAGAAUGGGAAUGAGAUUGCUGAAACCACGUUGAAAAUAGCCACAGUAGCAGCCUCUGUAAGACUGAAAUGCUUACACACCAGAAAACAAAAUUGUUGGGUGAAUGAAAAAUACUACUUUGCUAUUGUUAGAUCCUUACCACUAGUGGGGCAACACAUAUAAAGUUUGGCCUGAGGGUGGCACCUGAGGACAGGUCAUGUUGUAAAUCAAAAGGGUUUAUCCUUUGUACAGUGACCAUUUUAGGACAUCUCAGACUGCUCAGACUUGUCAGGCUCAGUUCUUUGUUGCUGAGUUGGUUCAACCUUCAUUACUUCAAGCUAUGGCUUGUCAGUGUCUGCACAGCUGCACUGCAUGCUAAUGUUAGCAUGUUAACAUGCUAUGUUAUCAUUAAUACAAGAGUACAGUUGAAGUGAAGAGGACAUUUUGACCUGCUGGUGGCGAUAUGGGAAAAGUCAGGGGAUCGCCAAAGUCCUCAGGAUUCAGCCUCAGUUAACCAUGAAUGUCUACCAAAUUCCAUGCCAAUCCACUUAGUAGAUGUUGAGAUAUUUCAAGUGUUGGACCAACAGAUCGACAGACCAGCUGACAUCCCUAUAGUCAUGUCACUGGUGCGGCUAAAAAGGGUCUCAUCAAACACAAUUUGACAACUUGGAUAUUUGGACAAAAUCCAGUCAUUUACGAUGCCUAGGAAGACAUUCUUGAUUAUUUAAGUGGAAUUAUUUAAACAGACCACACUCUGCAUGGCUGAGUAUUGUUAGUGGUCUGAGAGAAGACACCUUUGCAUUCAGACUGCAUUGACACCCAACUGGACAAAGGCUGGAUGUAGGAGAUUGGGGUUUGACACCCAAAUGCACCACUUUGGAAUAUGGAAGAGCAGAAGGGUAGUAAAAAAAAGAUUGUAGAUUACUGGUCAAAAACAUUUUUAAUGCUUGUUGGAAAUGUGUUUACUGUUUUAUUAGUUUUUUGAAGGAAAUAAGCCUUAUGAAGUACCUCAGCUCAUAAACUGUGAUAGCAAGAAGGCUUUGAGUAGAAGUGUCUAUUAUGUAAUGUGAGCAAUGUUUUUUCUUUUUCUGUCAUUUUUACCACAGACAGCUAAAUAAUCAGGACUCAGUCCACCGAAAUGACAGAGAAAAUCCUAAACCAAAGCCUUUUACUGCAUUCAGCUAAGUUUGAAAGUCAAAUUUAUCAAUUAUUUUAAGCACAUUACACUGAGGGCACUGUGGAGCAGAAACAGAUGAUACAGUGAAACAGAUUUACCUUUACCGAAACUGUGUUGCCAGACAAGCAUCUCUCAACCUCCAUGAAUCCAAACUAUAUGCUUGUGCUUUGGUAAAGGCUACCCACAGUUGACCUGAUACCAUUUAUAUUCCUAAUUCAGACAGAUGCCAUAUAAACUAUCCCGAACUUCCUAAAUUAUAUACAGUGCAGUCUUUUUAAUUUUUUCUCAUCACACACAUUGCACAUCAAAAUUUUAUGAUCUAACUUUCGUUUUCCCUAGCAAGAUUUGUACAUUCCUCCUUGAUGCAAGCGACACUGCUGGCUGCUAACGUUGUUUGUCAUAUUAGGGAAACAAAUUAAGAAACAUUUCUCUGUAAUGUCAAAAGUGUGAUGAGGAAAUCAAGAAAUACUUUACUGGAUAUCCAUAUAAAACCAUUUCCAGUUCAGAAGAACUGUGCCAGCAGCCAUGAGUGUAUGUGGCAGCAUUCAAAACAGCAAUGUUAACAUUGAUUGUUUUUAAUGAUUUAUUUCAAAAUCAACAAUUAAAAAUGUACAGCAAGCAUGUCAUACCUUUCAUAUGUGAAGCUGAUUGCUCUUAAUGUAUAUAUAACUGACAAUUUUAAUAUGCCAAUGCUGGAUUAGCUGCCAUAUUUUGCCAUAUGUUGACUACUUUCUGAAGUCAUAAAGUCAAGUAAAGGAAAAAAGAAGAAAUCUUAAAAAUAUUUGCUGUGCAUAUUUACCAUUAUUUGAUGUUAUACUGAUCUUCCUUUUCCUUGUUGGCAGCUUUUUACACUAAAUCCAACACAAAGUGACCAAACAUAGCUUUUUUAGCAUUCACAACAGCUGGGAUCCGAAAACUUAAUGGCAGCUUAUACAACAGAAUUUUGAAUACUGUACAUAAAGAAAGUAUAGGUGUCACUUUGAAAAAAAUGCAGACUGGACACAGCUGUUGGAGCAGAGGCAUCUUCAACUUCUGAAAUUAAGUUGUAGCUGUCAGCUUGAUCUUUAAACUUUUUCUCAGUUUGAUAUUAUGCGCAUUAAAAAAAAUUUUUAACUGUUUUUGUGCAUCAGUGGUAAUAACAUUUCAACAAAUUGUCUGUUUGCAUACAGAAUGUUCUGCUGUAUGUUCAGAUAUAUAACAGUGACAUACAAAUGUCCCUUGUGUGGAGUAUUAUGGCUCAAAUAACUCCUUUCCGACCCAGUGAUUUCAUGGUGAUAGACAACGAGUGUCCAUCAGUUCCACUGGCCAACAAUUACGUGUUAAGGAUGAGAAAUGUUUUGGAAACUGUCUAGGUGAUCCUUGCAACACCAGUUUUUUAUGUUGUCUUGGCAUGAAAGCAUUCAUCUGCUCGGUGCAAUGAUGGCAGGUUUUUUGGACAUUUUCAGCUUGUCAGUGUUGCCCUAAAUGCUGCUCUGUGUACCAUUGCUUUUAUUGUGCAUCUGUAUGUCAGUCCGAGAGAGGAGGUACCAGGCUUCAUAAUGUGUAUUUGUUCAUCAACAGUGUCAGUGAGAAAUAAAUUAUGCAUACGAAACUUUG